UAUUAUGUCAUCCUCUUCAACCCAAACUAGUGAAUAAUGUUGGGUGGGUCUCGUAGUAUAUCCCAGCACUUGCGAGAUUACCACUGCAAUCCUCGCCAAUUCGGGGUUUAUACCGAUUAUACAAAACCAUUUUUGGGUUUAUUGCCUUUCUCCUUUUCCCCUUCCUCCAAAAGAUUUUUCAGACUAAGAUUAUUCAACAUCAAUUCUUCCUAUUCUUCUACUACCAAUAAUAAUGAUGAAUUCUUCCGAGUAUCUUUUGUUAAUAAUGACAAUUGCGUUACAAAUACAGUUCCGAGUUCCCUCCUUUCCGACGUUUUGAGCCCUAUGGAUGAUGAUCAGGAGCCUCCAUCUGAAGGAUUAUCCAUAGUAGCAGGAGGGAUAGUAGCUUUGGGGAAGUUCGAUGCCCUGCACAUUGGUCAUCGGGAACUUGCAAUCCAAGCAGCAAAAAUUGGAGUUCCAUUUCUUUUAGCCUUUGUUGGAAUGGCAGAGAUACUUGGGUGGGAACCUAGGGCUCCGAUAGUUGCCAAAUGCGAUAGAAAACGGGUUCUUUCCUCUUGGGCUCCACACUGUGGUAAUGUCACACCCAGGGAAUUCGAGGUUGAGUUUUCAAAAGUUCGACAUCUUACUCCACGACAAUUUGUUGAGAAAUUAGCAAAGGAGCUCAGAGUACACGGUGUUGUGGCAGGUCAAAACUACCGUUUUGGAUACAGAGCUGCUGGUGAUGCACGGGACCUAGUGCAAUUAUGCAAGGAGUAUGGCAUUGGUGCUUACAUCAUAAAUCCCGUCAUGGACAAGAAUCAAGAUUCUGCAAACAUCAACUCUCGCAGUUCAAAGGAGCAAGGCCAAGUAUCAUCUACUCGAGUGCGUCAUGCACUUUCCAAAGGAGACAUGAAAUAUGUCUCAGAGCUGUUGGGACGCCAUCAUCGUCUUAUGGUGAUGCUUAAGAACAAGGGAAAGGUUAGUAGUGAUAGAAAGAGGUUGUCAGCACCUAGGUCUUGUUUAUUGAAUCUUCCACCAAAAGAAGGUACUUAUAGCAACUGCUCUCUCUUAAUUGAUGACAAGAAUGUGGUACCAUGCAGAAUCACCAUCGAUACGACAGAAAUUCAUUUGGAUUAUGACCUAGCUGCUAGUACGCAUUUUACAUCUCCAGAUUUGGAGUUAUUGGGUAUCGACUUUGGUGAGUCGAUGGUUUGAUGUUGCCUAGAAUUUUCAUAUUGUGAUACUUAUUUUUUCAAUGGUAUGAUUCCCUGGCGACACGUUUACCCUUAUUUUUUACUAGUAGGACACACAGAAUUCCAUUCUUGAUUAAUUCUACGAUAGAUAGCACACUUUCUUCUUCCAAAGUGAAGACGAUGAAUCUUGGUCACAAGUUUAUUAAAUGCUGUGCAUUUAUUUAAUAGUGUCGAUUGAUUUUACAAGGA